AUGAUGUCGAGAAGAGAUGUGGAGAGAAGUAGGAAGAACAGAGGGAACACCCAGUGGACGGCGUGGCUGACUCCGUUGAUCGUCAUUGCUAGCGUCGCCGUCUUCAUCGUUGCCAUGUUCAUCAACGACUGCCCCAAGACCGCCGCUGGCGCCAACGGAGAUUGCGUGGCGAAGUUUCUCCGCAGGUUCUCCUUCCAGCCACUAAGAGAGAACCCUCUCUUGGGUCCAUCUUCUUCAACAUUGGAGAAAAUGGGAGCUUUGGAAUGGAGUAAAGUCGUGAAAGGCCAUGAAAAAUGGAGGCUCGUCACAUCAAUGUGGCUCCACGCCGGUAUCGUUCACCUUCUUGUUAAUAUGUUCAACGUGAUCGUCAUCGGUAUCCGCCUUGAGCAGCAGUUUGGAUUCAUAAAAGUUGGGCUCAUCUACUUGAUAUCUGGAUUCGGCGGGAGCAUUCUCUCGGCACUCUUCCUUCAAAAUAGCAUUUCCGUUGGUGCCUCAGGCGCUCUCCUUGGACUCCUUGGAGCUAUGUUAUCAGAGCUUCUCAUCAACUGGACUAUCUACACCAACAAGCUGGCAGCUUUGUUCACGGUCUUGUUCAUCGUCGCAGUCGAUUUGGCAAUAGGACUGCUUCCUUGGGUUGACAACUUUGCUCACAUUGGUGGGUUCUUGACCGGAUUUUUCCUCGGGUUCGUACUACUGAUCCGGCCUCAGUUCGGGUGGGAAGAGUCACGCAACUCUGCUCAGUACGGUCUCCGUGACAGAUCAAAGUAUAACCAGUGUCAGUACUUGUUGCUGUUUGUUGCUGCUGUCUGUGUCGUGGCCGGUUUAACAGUUGGGGUUGUGAUGCUAUUCAAAGGAGAGAAUGGGAACAAACUUUGCAAAUGGUGCCAUCACCUAGACUGUUACCCUACUUCCAAGUGGUCUUGUUGA